AUGGGCACGAUGCGUAAGAAAACUCAAGUGUCUUUCGUAAUCCGAGACGAGGAGGAACGGAGACAUAAAAAUGGUGUUAGUUCGUUGCAACUGGAUCCGAUACAAGGCCGAUUAUAUUCAGCCGGUCGGGAUGGAAUUAUACGAGUGUGGCAUACAGGAAAUGGUGUUCAGGAUCGGUAUAUCCAAAGUAUGGAACAUCAUACUGACUGGGUGAACGAUAUCGUCCUCUGUUGCGGCGGGAAGAACUUAAUAAGUGCUUCUUCAGAUACCACUGUUAAGGUGUGGAACGCCCCGAAAGGAUUUUGUAUGUCCACCUUACGAACUCACAAAGACUAUGUGCGUACUCUAGCGUACGCUAAAGACAAGGAACAAGUUGCAAGUGCCGGCUUAGACCGCGCCAUCUUUCUAUGGGACGUAAAUACAUUGACUGCUUUAACUGCAAGUAAUAACACUGUAACUACAUCUAGUCUCGUCGGUAACAAGGAAUCGAUAUACAGUCUAGCCAUGAACCCUCCCGGGACUAUACUAGUUAGUGGUUCAACAGAAAAAGUACUCAGAGUUUGGGACCCUAGAAAUUGUUCUCGUCUCAUGAAACUAAAAGGACACGCUGACAAUGUUAAAGCAUUAGUUGUAAGCAGAGAUGGCACACAGUGUGUCUCAGGCAGCUCCGAUGGUGCUAUAAAAUUAUGGUCAUUAUCACAGCAGAGAUGUGUAUCUACAAUAAGAGUACAUUCUGAAGCAGUAUGGGCACUACUGGCUACAGAAAACUUCACUCAUAUCAUCUCUGGUGGAAGAGACCGACUAGUCAUUAUAACAGAAUUAAGGAAUCCAGACAACUUCAUGAUAGUGUGUGAAGAAACUGCCCCAAUAUUAAAAUUAUGUUUUACAGCUGACCAAACUGGCAUUUGGGUGUCCACUUCAGAAUCAGACAUCCGUUGCUGGAAACUGCCACCAUUGAAUUCUUUAGACAUGUAUAAUCAAAAUAAUUAUAAUACAAAUAACGUGUAUCAAACGCAACCAUUGCAUCACAUUCCUGGGGGUCCUGCCAUUAAACAUUAUACGGUACUGAAUGACAAAAGACAUGUAUUGACUAAAGACACUGCAAAUAACGUAGCAUUAUAUGAUGUUCUUAAAGCUUCUAAGCUUGAAGAUUUAGGGGAAGUUGAUUACGAGGAGGAGGUUAAGAAGAGAUUCAAAAUGGUGUAUGUACCAAAUUGGUUUAAUGUAGAUUUAAAGACGGGAAUGCUGACAAUACAUCUGGGACAAGAUGAAACGGACUGUUUAAGUGCAUGGGUCAGUGCCAAAGAGGCUGGCUUGACAACAGAGAAUGACCAGAAGGUUAAUUUUGGUGCAUUGUUGUUACAAGCUCUGCUGGAUCAUUGGAAUCAUCCAAAUAGAGUGAAUGAGACAGGAGUAAGAGUCAUCGGAAACAGUUACUUCAAUGUGCCGCUGCACACUCCACUUAUAUUUAGUGAAGUGGGUGGUAGAACUUUGUACAGACUACAAGUAGGUGAUGCCGGUGGUGAGACAGAAGGCAACCUUCUCGUGGAGACAGUGCCUUCGUGGGUGGUAGACGUAGCCAUCGAAAUGGCAGCACCUAAACUAAAUAAACUACCAUUUUAUCUCCUGCCACACUCCAGCUGCCAAAGUAAACAGGAUAGGCAGAAGAAGGAUCGUCUAGUUGCCAAUGACUUCAUCCAAUGUCGUAAGGUUGCCGAACAUGUGGUGGAGAAGAUCGUGGGGGGUGGCGAUGUGAACGGCGCCAGCGCUGGCAGCGGCCGUGGCAGCGCUAACGAGGACAGUGGUAACGACGCUCCUGAAGAACGGGUUGAGCUACUUUGCUGUGAUCAGGUCUUGGACCCCAACAUGGACCUUCGAACCGUCCGCCACUUCAUCUGGAAAUCAAACGUAGAAUUCACACUACACUACCGCGUUCUGAAACAAUGA